UAGAGGGGGAGGAGAGGGAAGAAAAAAGGAGUCAUCGUAGUAACACCGGCGCGUCUCCUCUCGCGGCUUCGUGGUUGUCUCGGAAUUAGUGAGUAGACAGAAUUAUGUCUGUGAGCUGGCCAGCACCACGGCUCAGUUGAGACUUACUGCUCAGAGCGUGCACACGCAUACUACGAAUCCUUCCUACUUACGCACCUCGCGCCUUCCUCGUGCGAUUAGAACUUAGUCCGCGACCGCCGGCAGGCCAAUCACGGUCCAGUUUGCUAACGCGCCUCCGUACGAAACGGUUUCUUCUUCUUCUUCUUCUUCACGUGCUGGACGUGCUGCGGAGUUCCCUCGUUCGGAGUAGCGCCGCGGCUAAGUGACGAGGUAACACGGAGGUAGCACGGUGACGUCUCGACGGUGGUCCCGGCAGGAAAUUUCGACGAGAGCUCCGGGGAACCAGGAGACACUGCGCACUAACGCGCGACUGUUCGCGGUUGUCGUCUUACCACCGUGAUUCCGCGAGGUGAGCGAAACUCAAAUCGGAAGCUGAGAUUGAUAAUUCAAUUAUCUUCGAUCGGAUUCGAUCGAAGGACUUUGACGAUUCGGCGGCGAGAAGAUCGGCGAGAAAUUUUUUCUCGAAGAGCGAAGAUUGCGAUUAUUAUAUUUUUUUUUAUAAUUCCAAGAUUAUUCGUCCAUCGCGAGCAUCUCGCGCGAAUUUUUGAGCCUUGAUAUUGCUUUUUCUGUCAAUUUUUCGCUCAGAUUUAAAAUUAUUUUUGAGUAUCGAGCAUUUCACGCUGUUUCAUCUUCUGCGAUACUAUCUUCGGAUAGCGAAUUCAAGUGCAGCACGACUGCACUUCUCGGACAAUUUUCCAUAACUCGCAACAAUGGGCGUUACAAAAUCCUUCGUGCUCCUCUUAUUGGUGUCCAUCGCGACUGAUGCGUGGUCCCAUCGUCAUCAUCACCACCAUGAGCAUUAUCCGGAAUACAGAAAAGAAAACAGUCGUGUGGACGUCGAGCAAGAAUCCGGCCUCGGGAGUGAGAAAACUGCAGACUCCAUGCAAUCAGAAUUAUUGGAGAAAAAUAAGAAACAUCUAGAGGCUUUGAACAACAAAGGAUCGAUUCCCUUCAGCCCGCGAAGAUUAGAAAAAAUGCUGGAAAAAGCGAUCCUGAAGAUAAUCACGGGCGAUCUCGGCACGGCCGAGAUGCUGCUGCUGAAGAGCUUGAAUUACACUCCCGAGGAAGUACUGGCGAUUCGCGAACGGGAACUCAACAGACAGAAGGAGGAGGAAUCGAGGAAAGUGGCGGAGUCGAACGCGAGGAAAUUCUACAGCGAGAAUCUGUACAGAAACAAGCCGAGGCACUGGAAUUACAAUUCCAUGGAAUUCGACUCGUCACCUCGCAACGAUCCCGAUGUUGACGUGUCGAGGCACGAGAGGAAGAGGAAUCGGUACAAGGGGAAGAGCUCCGACGACAAGGACUUCGACUUCGACGCUUACAAUCGGCAAGCGGUGAUCGAUUACGAAAACCUGGCGUCCAAGAUCGAGCUGCAGCAAUCGUGGUCGGAGCCUGCGACUUUCGAUUAUGAGGACGAGUCGCGGAACACCGAGGAGCAGGAGUCGUCGCGGAAUUUUCAUCGCAGCUUCGACCGCGCCAUGGAGCCCCACGUGAUCUUCAAGAUCCCCUACGACGAUUCCGAGUUUGAUUCCAGCUCCGGCAGCGACGAGAAAUCAAAGUUCGCAGGCAGAGACGCCCUUGCCCCGUCCAAGGGUUCGAAACAUCGCACUUCCUCGACCUUGAGACACACGACUGCCAAGAACGUUGCUAACUCCUUUCACGCUUCGUCAUUGUCUCCUUCUCCUCCUUCUUCUUCUUUUGCUCCGUCUGUUGCUUCUGCAGCUACCGGGCAUACUCCACUUCCCGUAGCGUAUCAGCUGGGGAAUUUUAAAAGCGCGAGGCCGGAUUAUCUCAAGAAUCAGACUUCCUUCAGCAUGACGGAAUCGCCGGAGCCGAUUGGCACGACUGUCAUUAUCGCGGAUGUCACAUCUAACACGACCGCCGGCGCGAUAACGGAUUUCGACAAUUCGACGACAAGCGACGAUAAUUUGUUCAUUAAGGAUGCAGAUAAUACAACCAGCAAGAGAGUCAGCGAGUACGAAGGGCUGGAGUGGGUCGAAGAUGACGUUUACAGAGUGAUACCGGCGUACGCGGACCUCUUGGGCUACGAUAACGCCGAUGAGAACGAGCCGUCGGACUACGAGGAGCAGAAUCUGGAUUCCCUUCCGGACGGAAGCGAGAACGACACCCUGGAGUAUCAGAACGACGCUCCGGACACGAUGAGGCUUUUCAUGGUCAACGGGUCGGUCGAGAACGCUUCGCUGACUAAUUUAUCUGCCUAUCAACAAUUGGCGCUCGCUCAUCGCAAAGAAGAAAACGUAACAACAAGUUUCGGCAGUCAGGGUGAGAAAGCGAUCGAGGAUAUCAAGACGAGAGUCCUCGCGCUAACUGGAAGAUUCAAUCUCAGCACAAGCACCAAUCAAGUUCAGCGCGAAAGACUCACCAUGUUUUCGCCUAUCUGUCAGACACCCCGUAAUACAGAUUCUGAAGCAUGGACGGAUCCGCUUUCAAUGAACAUGCAUUUCCAACUGAAUCUGACUUCCGGCGAUCACGUUGUCGCGGCGAAGCUGCGAAUCUACAAGUUACCGCAGGAAAACCUCACGACUUCCGCCAGCGGGGGCUUCGACGAGGACGAGGAUGACGAGAAAAAAAUCAGGAUAUCCGUGUACUAUUACACGAAGUCGCUGAAGAAGCAUCGAUCAAAGAAACGGCUGAUGGACUCCGUCGUGACGCCUCUAACGACCGAGGGCACUCAUUUGGCGCUGGACGUGAGGCAGGGCUUGAGAUUCUGGCGGCUGACUCCGCGAAAUCCACAUGGCAACGGUAAUAAUCACGGCCUGGUGGUUCAGAUAGAAGACCAGGACGGCCGACCGCUGAAACCGGCUUCGUACAUUCAGCAGCCGUCCUGCGUGGACCACGACUCGGAUCAGAAGGCAUCCCAGCGCACACCUGCACUUUUCGUUCGAGCCUGUACUCGUUACGUUCGCAUCGUAGACGGCGAAAAAGUCACAUACGUGAAUUGCAGGCAUUAGGUAGGAAGAUGGCAAAACGAUCCGCAGAGUGCAGCAAUUUGUUUCGAAACAACGAAAGCCGACUUAAAUUACGAUUGUGAUCGUCAUCGUCAUCGAAACACUUGCUAUUAACAGGCAACGACACGUGCAAUUAUAUUGUAUAAAUUCGAAACUAUCUAGAGAGAUAAUUACUCAUUUAGAAAUGAAUCCUAAUGUUGAAUUUCAACUUUGUAUAAUAAUGAAAAAAAAUUUCAUUAUUGAAUGAUAGAUUAGGAAACAGAUGAAGAGUAAGAUUCGAGUCAAGCGAAAUGUCUAUCAAGUUAGACCUCGCUGAAGGAGGCAUAAUUUUUCACUAACUAUUUACCUUUUUACUGAUAAUUUUUUGCGAAAAAAAAAAA